AUUUACAGCCCUGAAGAGUCUUCCUCUCUCCCAUUUUCCCCUCUGCAGAAAUAAAUCCCACCGUUGAGACCCCAAGACUUUAUAAAGGGAUAUAGAUGGAAUUUUGUGAAGUCUAGUUUUGUUUUCAGAAAGCAGCUUAGUAAAUCUCUGGUACAUUAUGUGUGUGCAGUAGUUUUGUUGGGGAUAACGGUAUUUUGUUAGACAUUAGUGAUAACAAGAUAGGUGUUUUGAUAAGUUGAUCCUAAAUUAUAACAUGACUAGUAGUAUAAUUGAGUGGUCCUUAAAUGAAGAGUAGGUUAUUUAAUUUUUAAAAUGUAGUGAAGUGUGUGCUGUGGAAAUUUUAUGGUUAGCUAGUUUGUGGAGAAAAAAAACCUUAGUUGACCAGGUGUAAAUGAGAUGUACAGUUAGAAAGAGGACAAUAUAAUGAUACUUCAGGAGGUGGAGACAAGUGUGGAUAAUUUUAGACAAAGAAGAGUUUAACAGUUUGAAGCAUUAAGCAGAAUUCACUUGAUAUCACAAAGAUUUCAGUAAAGCUGUGGAUAUUGACUUCUCCAGGAGUUACCCACUGAAGCUAAGGGAACUCGGUUAAGUAAAUACUUCGAUGAUAAGCGAAGUGGAAUUAAACUUUAGGUGGUCGGAGCCAUUCUGUUUGCUAGAAUAAAAUGAGAUUAAUUUGGAUGUCAUGUCAAAGUGCUUGUAAGUGAAAAAAAUCCUGCAUUAUCACCUUACUCUGAUGGCAUAGCCGGUAAUUGACCUGAUAUCCAGGCUUCAUAGCUUAUAACCAAAACCAUAUUAAAGACAUAAUUUAAGUAUUCUGUAGUUGCUUAAAAUUUUAAGUAUAAACUUUCUGAAAAAAUCAGAGUUUUGAUACGUUUAGAAGUGUAUAAAAUUUUUCAGGUCUUUAGGUUAGUUACUACACCAAAUUUUGAGCAAGUAAGCGAGUUACCUAAGCAAGUAAGAAUACUAAGAAUCUUGGUCAUUUAGGCGAGUCAUCGUACCUGAGUAUACACUCAGAUAUAAAUCCAGUAAAGAAGUUGUGAAUUGUACGUAAGUAGGAGUGCGUCGUUUGAUCCCUUUUUGUGGUAAAAAUCUAGUAUGAAGAGAUGAGAAAUUUUAUGUGAAAGUUUUAGCCAUCAAAGAGUACUCUCACACACUCAUGCACAAAUCUACCUCCCAAAGAGCUGUCUGGAGUCCCCCGUGUAAAAAAAUUGAGAAUAUAAUGGAAGAGAGCACAAUCUUGCCAAGUUGGACAAAGGACAACAAACAAGAAAUGAAGUAUGACUUUUCGUGUGAACUCUACAGAAUGUCUACGUAUUCAGCUUUUCCCAGCGGGGUUCCUGUCUCGGAGAGGAGCCUCGCUCGCGCCGGUUUCUACUACACCGGCGUGAACGACAAAGUCAAAUGCUUCUGCUGCGGCCUGAUGCUGGACAACUGGAAACAGGGAGACAGUCCGGUGGAGAAGCAUAAGCAGCUCUAUCCUAGCUGCAGCUUUGUGCAGAAUCUGAUCUCAGCCCGCCUGCAGUCCACCGCUAAGAGUAACUCCGCAGUGAGGAGCAGUUCCACACAUUCAUUGUCUCCUACUCUGGAGCGCAGUGGCUCAUUCAGUGGCUUUGGUUCCAGCCUUUCCCUGGACCCUCUCAGCUCCAGAGCAGUUCAAGAUUUCUCUCCAGUGAGGACUAACCCCUACAGUUACGCCAUGAGUACUGAAGAAGCCAGGUUUCUUACUUACAAAAUGUGGCCCUUAACCUUUUUGUCACCGUUAGACUUGGCAAGAGCUGGCUUUUAUUAUGUAGGACCUGGAGAUAGGGUGGCCUGCUUUGCCUGCGGUGGAAAGCUAAGUAACUGGGAGCCAAAGGAUGACGCACUGUCAGAACACCGGAGACAUUUUCCCAGCUGCCCAUUUUUGGAAAAUUCUCUAGAAAUGCUGAGGUUUACUAUUUCAAACCUGAGCAUGCAGACACACGCCGCCCGAAUGAGAACGUUUAUGUAUUGGCCAUCUACGGUCCCAGUUCAGCCUGAGCAGCUUGCAAGUGCUGGUUUUUACUAUGUUGGUCGCAAUGAUGAUGUCAAGUGCUUCUGCUGUGAUGGCGGCUUGAGGUGUUGGGAAUCCGGAGAUGACCCCUGGGUAGAGCAUGCCAAGUGGUUUCCAAGGUGUGAGUUCUUGAUACGCAUGAAAGGGCAGGAAUUUGUUGAUGAGAUUCAAGCUAGAUAUCCUCAUCUUCUUGAACAACUGUUGUCAACUUCCGACACUCCUGGAGAAGAAAAUACUGAUCCACCAAUUGUCCAUUUUGGACCUGGAGAAGGUUCUUCAGAAGAUGCCAUCAUGAUGAACACCCCUGUGGUUAAAGCGGCUUUGGAAAUGGGCUUCAGCAGAAGCCUGAUAAAGCAGACCAUUCAGAGCAAAAUCCUGAGCACCGGAGAGAACUACAGAACAGUUAAUGAUAUUGUGUCGGCACUGCUUAAUGCUGAAGAUGAGAGGAGAGAGGAGGAGAAGGCACGGCCAGCCGAGGAGGUGGCGUCAGAUGACUUGUCGUUAAUUCGGAAGAACAGAAUGGCGCUCUUUCAACGCUUGACAAGUGUACUUCCUAUCCUGGAUAAUCUUUUAAAGGCCAGUGUAAUUAAUAAACAGGAACAUGAUAUUAUUAAACAGAAAACACAGAUACCUUUACAAGCAAGAGAACUGAUUGAUACCGUUUUAGUUAAAGGAAAUGCUGCUGCCAGCAUCUUCAAAAACUGCCUAAAAGAAGUUGAUUCUACAUUAUUUGAGAACUUAUUUGUGGAAAAGAAUAUGAAGUAUAUCCCAGCAGAAGACGUCUCAGGUCUGUCCUUGGAAGAACAGCUGAGGAGGUUGCAGGAAGAGCGAACUUGUAAAGUGUGUAUGGACAAAGAAGUUUCCAUCGUAUUCAUUCCUUGUGGUCAUCUGGUCGUGUGCCAGGAGUGCGCCCCUUCUCUAAGAAAGUGCCCGAUUUGCAGGGGUAUAAUCAAGGGCACUGUUCGUACAUUUCUCUCAUAAAACAAAGCAGGUUAUAUGUUGGCCUAUACAGAAAAAUCUUUAUUGAACAUUGGAAAGUGUAUAAAACAACAAAUAAAUUACUAGUUCACCUGUUAAUAUUCACGUUCUAUUAAGCUUUGGUAUUAAUAACUUUGUUUCAAAAAAGGUAGUAUUAUAUAUUUAAUCUUAAUGUUCAGUUGCAGGGGAAAAUUUAUGUUUGAUGAGCCGAAUUAGUAUGUAUGUGUGGAUGUAGGCGGAGUUAAACGUAAUGUGCUUGUUUGGAUCCUUUUAGGAGUUAUUGUAUUUGGUAUUCUUAGUGAAAGCUUUGAGUACUAAAUACCAGUGCAGUUUGAAAGUACAGUACUAGAAACCAGUAGCUCUGGAGUUUGUCAGAGUUACGGUGCCUAAUUCUCUUUUGGUGCUUUUUACUUGUUAAAGUGUACUUAUGUUGUACCCUGUCUCUGGUAAACAGGAUUUCCCCUAGUUUGUGAAAAGUGUCUUAAUAAAGGAUGUUAAAAGGAAUUGCAUCAUCAAA